GACUCAAAUUCUACCAACCAUGUCUGCUCCCACACCCAUCCAACUACUUCAUGAGCCGCUUGGAGACUUUUACAGUAGAAGGUUGCUAUUGCAUAAGCCACUGUACCAAACACCAACAGCAGCAGCUCCUCCAGUACCUGAAAACAACCAAAAUUCUUCAGAUGUUUAUGCUGGUGACAACACCUUUGAUGCAAAUGUUGUGCUGGUUCUUUCAGUCCUCUUGUGUGCCCUGAUUUGCUCACUGGGAUUAAAUUCCAUCGUUAGGUGUGCUUUAAGGUGCUCAAGUUUAGUAGCCACAGAGGCUGGUGCAGAUUCAUCUGCUCGUCUAGCCAACACAGGUAUCAAGCAAAAAGCCUUGAAAACUUUUCUGACAGUAAACUACUCUGCCAAUCUGAAGCUGCCCGGCUUGGACACAGAGUGUGCCAUAUGCCUAUCAGAGUUCAACCCUGGUGAAAGAGUACGGCUUCUGCCCAAGUGCAACCAUGGAUUCCAUGUCCGGUGUAUUGAUAAGUGGCUUAGCUCACACUCAUCUUGCCCUACAUGCCGGCACUGCCUCAUAGAGACUUGCCAAAAGAUUGUUGGUUGCAGACAAGCUAGCUCAUCACAAACUCCUCCGCCAGUGCAAGAAACCAUUGUGAACAUAGUACCACUAGAACCUGAAGAUAGUGGAAGAUAUGCACAUCUUAUGGGCACAUCCCCAACGGGCAGUUCCUGCAACAGGUUUGUUGGGUGGGCAUGGACUAUGGAGCCAAACUCCAACAUGUACCUGAAGCUCACGUCGUCUGCUUCAGGCAACUCCAUCUGUGGACCUCCUCUAUCAAGCUCUUAGAGAAGGACUCGCACGCCUUCUUAGCCGCCACGAGACGCCUAUGCUUCCGACUCCGAUCACCACAGCAAAGCUCAACCCAACACGCAAAACAUUGGGUGCACUCAGAUAAAUGUGCUAUUUAUUU